AUGCUUCUUGAUCUACAGAGGAAGGUGGCUAGAGUUGAGGGCGAUCUUUGUUGGUUGGUCAAAGAAUGUGUUGUUAGAAUUGUUGAUAAAGUUAUUGAAUGCCCUAAAUUUAUGCAUGGUAUUGGUCAGAUUAAGGAUACAUGUUGGGUUGUUGGGGGGAUGUUAGUCGCGAGGGGUAUAAAGAAAGAGAUUGUGGCAGGGACUUUUGAUGUUAAUGAUGCUAGCUCGACGUCAAGUCACAAUGAAUGGAUGGUGAAUGUUAUUGACUCUUUUGCGUCUUAUGAUUAUACUACCCUGCUGCACUUGGGUGAAUUGGACAUUGAUGGCUUGAGGAGGUUUUGUGCUUUUGAGGAUAAUGAUGGUGAAGCAACAGACAAUCUUUAUGUCGAUAUCAACUUGAAGCAUAGAUAA